GAGUUCUGUGGAUCACUGUGGAUGCAAAGAUUUGACCCAGUAUUUUGAUAAAAAAGAUACUCUGGAUAUAUCUAUUGUCACCCUACUUUGGUCCAUUGAUUAAGAGACACAGACCUCAGACAGCAUUGUACGCAGGAGUGAAUGAAAUCUUUUACAUAUAGAAGCUUAAGUACUACUUUAUUCGAUCCUCGCCAAUUGAUGAAAGUUUUCUGUAACACAAAGUUUCGUUUCACGUCAAGUUUAGAAUCUGCACAUUUCAAAAUAUUCUGAACUCUUGGAUUGUUUUUUGGUGGACAAUCUAUACUACUGCUCUGUCAUUUAGGAGUCGCCAUAAUCUAUCAUUUUGGAAUCGUCAGAAGUACAAACUCCAACUCUUUUGCUCUUAUAUUCUUAUUAUGUUCAUUUUCCUUCAGGAAACGACCUGAACAGCUAGGGCAUGUAGAGAGUAUGAAUGGACUAUCUCAAGGAUGAAUUCUCUAUUGUUGGAAAUAUCAGUUUUUCUCUGCACCUUUGUGGCUUGUCAAGGGGUGGACAAGGCAUCUCUGCCCAACAUAGUCAUUCUCUUUGCUGAUGACCUUGGAUAUGGAGACCUAGAAGUCUACGGUCAUCCGACAUCGUCAACUCCAAACCUCAACAAACUAGCAGAAGGAGGGCUUGUCUUUACCCAAUUCUAUGCAGGUGCUCCUGUCUGUAGCCCUUCCAGGGCAGCUUUGUUGACCGGUCGUUAUGCAGUACGUUCAGGAAUCUACCCUGGAGUUCUAUACCCAGUCAGUACUGGUGGCCUACCCCAUGACGAAACAACCAUCGCUGAGAUUGUCAAAACCAAAGGCUACAGCACAUCCAUCAUCGGAAAGUGGCAUCUCGGUGUUGGGGAGGAUGGAACUUAUCUACCAACCAACCAAGGUUUCGAUGAGUAUCUUGGAGUGCCUUACUCACAUGACAUGUGCCCUUGCUACAACUGCUUCUACCCAAAUGAUCCAUGUUGGAACACCUGUAACUUAAACUUUACCUACUGUCCUUUGUUCCUAAACUCUGACAUUCUUGAGCAACCGGUCGAUCUGACAACUUUGGAUGCAAAGUAUGUCCAACAAGCUAAAACGGUCAUCAAGAGAAACACCCGAGCAGGCACUCCAUUUUUCCUGUACUAUGCUUUCCACCAUACUCACACUCCACAGUUUGCAAGUAAGACGUUCCGCAAUGCAACAGCCAGAGGAACUUAUGGAGACUCACUUGCAGAGCUGGAUUGGUGUGUUGGUCAAGUGAUGGAACAACUCAAGUUGAGUGGAGUCCUUGAUAACACUCUUGUCCUCUUUACAUCUGAUAAUGGACCCAGCUUGCAAAAUGAGAACAGAGGCGGGGAUGCUGGACUCCUCAAGUGUGGGAAGGGCACCACGUACGAGGGUGGACAGAGGGUACCAGCUAUCGCUUACUGGCCCCAGCACAUCGCUCCAGGUCGCACUACUGCACUGGCUAGCAAUUUGGACUUUCUACCUACCAUUGGCAAUCUUGUUGGUGCAAAUCUGCCUAAUUCAGUAACUCUAGAUGGAGUAGACAUGGCACCUAUUCUCUUUGAAGGAAAAAAGGGUACAAGGGAUACAUUCUUCUACUACUACUUUUACCCCUAUCGUAAGUUUGGAAUCUAUGCCGUCCGAUACAAUCAAUACAAGGCACACUACUACACCCAGGGUGCGCCCCAGUCGAAUAAUAACAACCAUGACAAGGAUUGUCGGCCUUCACGGUACCCUACCAAACAUAGUCCCCCACUGCUCUACGACCUUAACGUUGACCCUGGUGAGAAAUACAGCCUUCCCCCAAGCGAGUAUCGUGACAUUCUGGUCAAGAUUAAGGAGAUCAAAAAACAGUUUGAGGGUACAAUGAUCUGGGGCGAUUCCCAGGUGAAUAAGACGCCAAGUCAAGAUGUGGAACCAUGUUGUAAGAGGGACUGUAUUCCAUUCCCAGAAUGUUGCCAAUGUCAUCGGCGAUCUUGGUCAUCAUCGUUCUUAUCAACCCAUGGCAAUAGAGAUGAGGCCAAAUUAAGAUGGACCAUGGAUUGAUUUCACACUUUCUGUGACUGAUAAUCUGGCUUGGGUGUCCCAACUGAAUAUUUUAUCUAAUCUACUCACCUGUCAUAAGGACCAAGGUGUAGAAUCCCAUUCAGAGUAUCAAAGCUUUAGGAACCCCAUGUUCAGAGAUCUGAUUCUCUUAAGCACAUCACAUGCUUAUUGACUACCCAACCCAGACUGUGUUUCCAUCCAGGGGGGGGGGGGGGGGGGAGGGGGUACUGAGAUUUGGAUUGGACGGGAGUGUGCGGCUGAAGGUUUGAAACCCAUACCCAUAUUUACAGGUCAUUUUGGCUAAAAAGGUACCCAUUAAAAUUUGACAAGCAAAAAAAAAAGAAAAAAGUUAUCAUCCAAAAUUAGAGGAGAAUAUGGACCCAUGUUCCAGGCAAUUAUCUAAAAAUUGGGGCCAUGGACCCAUGUUUAAGGCCAGUAUCUAAAAAUUUAGGCCAUGUUUUCCAGCAUAAAACCAUACCCCAUGUUUAGGGAUUUCUUCCAAAAAAGCGACCCAUUUCAGCGGCACAUCCCCGUAUGCCUUAAUUCGUGAGUACCCCCCCUCCCAGGGUUUCUAUAGGCACAAACUGAUAUUGACAGUAGGCACAGCACAAGUCAAUAUUUAUAAGAAUGUGCAAACUUUCUUCCUAAAAACUCAAUAUAGCUAGUUUAUGCAAAUGGGUAGUCUACGUUGAUAUGAAGAUGAUUUUUAGUAUAAAAGCAGAAAAAUGUGAAAAGUAUAUUUUUGAAGUUUUGAUAAAAAUCAUUCAAGAAUUCAGAUUUAUGAAUAUUGCAAGGUCUAGUUUUGUGAUGUCACAUGCAAACACUUGCCCCAUACAUAAUGUAAUGAUAUUCAUUCAAUGAAUUUUAUUUUUUUAUAGAUCAUGAUGAAAAAAAAAAUUCCAUAAGAGGAUGAUGGAAAUGGAAUUAUGCAUCUUUGAAUUAACUUCAACUCUUAUGAAAUACUAACCAUUUUUAAUUUAAAGGGAAAUUUUUAAAUCAAUAUUUUGUCUUUAUUUUUUUAUAAUGUAGGAGGGAAAAUCUGGGUGUCAUCAAAUGUUAACUUAUUUCUUCUUAUUUAUAUGAUCUGCAUCAUUCACUGCUUAAGAGUCUUUCAUAUUUGGCAAUGCUGUGAUCAUUCCAUGUGUCAAUUUUAAUCUAAGAACUUGACCUACAGUUGGGUCUGCAUGAAUCAGUGCAAUUAUUUAAACCUGAAUGAUUGAUGCUUCAUGUAGAUUUCUUGUAAAUUUUGCAGGACUUCAUGUAACAUGAAGAUUUGCCAUGGGUUUCAAAUAUAGAAAAAUAUGGAAGUAUAUUCCUGACAGACAUGCGUUAUGCAAGGAGGGGGGGCACAUUUUCCUGAGGAAAAUUUGACAAGCAAAAGAGAAAAGCUUCCACCAAACACCAAAAUUUGAAGGUCAUUUCGUCUACGUAAAAUUUGACAAGCAAAAAAAAAAUAUUAAAAAAAAAUACCAUAACAUUGAAAAUUAUGCUUUUUUGAUUGACUCUUCCAAUGAUAAGUUGACAUUCCAGCAAGAGUUGCUAUCAUAGCAACUUUUUAUCAGAUGGGGCCCUGGUCAGCAUUUUGAACAAAUAACUCAUGCAUCAAGGAUGUUGAUUGGCCUCUGCCAUUCAGCGAUUGAUUGCAAACCUUGUGUUAUUGAGCCCUGUUCUUAGUUCCAAAUCACAUUCUCAAUCAUAUUUGAAUUCCAUUAGCUAAAGGUGAAUAACAGUGUUUGUUUAAAAGAACCUGGUGGGUGUUUGGUAAAGCUGUUCCCAAGUAACGAGUGACUUUACUCGCGACUGGUGCCCUUUCUUGGUUAAACGUUAUAUCCCUAUGUAGCUGACUUUGCACCUAAUAAUAUGUUCCAUUCGUUCAUUAAGUCGUGUGUAACCUUAAGAACAGCUUUUUAUGAAACACCCACUCGAACGCAAAUUUCAUCAUUUGUAAAAAUUUGAAUAUGGUUAUAGAAAAUUCCCCCCAUGUUCAGGAAGAAGUUAAGGACAUCUUAUUUUGCCGAAGAAAAGGUGACCAGUCAUGCGUAAAGUUAAGUGCAUAACUUAGGAACAGCUUCAUGCAGUGCCCUUUUUAAAUCCUAAGUAAAAUUCUAUGGAAAAUCAAACAGUAAUACUUUUUAUGUAUAAUAACCUCAAAGAUAUUCAUACUUUGUUUAUGGGUGUAUACAGUACUAAUAUAUCAUUGAUGUAAUGUGUAAUAUAGGCCUAUGUAUUGCUUUUAUUGGAACAGUUGAGAACUGGAGAUGUACAAUAUAUCUGAUGUAAUAAAUAAAACAGAUAUUUCAAA